AUGGCGCCGCUCUCAUGGCGGCACCAUACGCUGCUGCAGGCGCUGCUCUCCCGUGGACCGCUCUCGGAGCGAGACUUCCACGCCCUCUUCACCGCCAUCUCCGGCGGCAAGAACCCCGCCACUCACCAGCAACUAUUCACUGAUACACUUAUGAAGAUCAACAAUGAGCUAGGGUAUCUACAAUUUGAUCUGCGAGCAUGUAUAAACCAGUAUGAUGGAACAGUUUAUUAUGGAGUGGUCAACAACAUUUCUGAUGAAGAAUCGAAGCUUGGCUCCAAGUAUUCUGUACCACAGAUUGCAUUCUACAAGGGACUGUUAGAAGCAAUAGUUCAUGAAGCUGGAAAUGAUGGGAGCAUAACUAGUAUUGAAGCUCUCAACGUCCGGAUUGACAACCAGGUCGUGAUUGCGGAUGGUACACAAGACACUCAAUCUCGUCUUCCUUCUUCUAUCACAAACUUCUUGUUCUCUCAAAAGGAAAAGACUCUUAUUGAACUGAUACAAGAUCGUUGGCUGGCGUACACCUCAGAGGGCAAGAUUGGUCUUGGUAUCAGAUCAUUUCUUGAUCUCCGGAGCUGGUUUCGCAGCAAUGAUAUCCCAUCAUGCGAGGUUUGCAAUGAAGCUGGUAUAAAGGCAUCAACUUGUUCCAAGGAAGGAUGCAAUGUGAGAAUCCAUAUCUACUGUCUGAAGAAGAAAUUUCCACAGCGGAAGGCCUCGAGAGCUUGUCCCCAGUGUGCCACUGAAUGGCCCCAGCAGGAAGGCGAGGACGAGGGUGACGAGGAAGCGAACGAGCCCGGCGGGGAAGGUCAGGAGGGCCCAUCGGCUGACCCUCCUUCGAGGAGGAAACGCAGAGUCAAGGCUGAACUGGCGGAGGAAGCUGAAGAAGCAGGCCCGUCGACCGCGGUGCCCAGGAGAAGUUCGAGGAUGGCCAAAGCCGAGGAGGCAGCGUCUGCAGAUGCUUCACAGCCGGCCAGGUCCUCAAAGAGAAGGAAGAAAUGA